AUGGUCGUGCGAGACAUCGGCGCUCGACACUCCCCUGCGUGUGGUGCUUCUCUAGCGCUUGGCAAGCGUCUGCUGCUGCAGCUGUACAAGCUGUCGUACUCAGUCAAGCUGUUGGGCUCGGUCGCACUGCUCAACCCGCUGCAUUCGUACCUGGCGUUCAAAGGCCUGGGGGAGAAACCCACUCAGGAUUCCGGCGCUCAAGGCUUCCGACAUCUUUCCGCGUUGAUGUAA